GGUUCUCCUCGAAGCUGCGGGUGCCCGGAAAUGGCAACCGAAACCCUGCGACGAGAUCUCAUCCCCCUCGUGUCAUGUCACUCGUACCCAACUCCUCCCCGUCACCGCUCCACUCGGCCAGCCAGAUCCAGAUGGCUGGCACGACUCGCCGGCCGGGCAAGCCGCCCCCGCCAUCUCACGCCGCGAAGCGGCUAGCACUGCGUCUGACCACCCCCCUCGCGUCGCUGGCCCUCCUCCUAUGUGCCGCCGCUGGCGUCCUCCUCUACUCCAAAACCACCCCGGCGUCCCAAAUCGUCGGCACCUCAAAGGAAUCCAGUACGGCGUCGACGGCGCCCUCCUCCCCGACAGUGGAGUCCAUCGAGGGCGCGCGCUCCAUCUGGGAGCUCCCUGCGGGGCCGGCCAGAGGGGUCCUCUUCUUAGCCCACGGCUGCCGCUGCCGCCCGGAGAACUUCUGGCCGCCGUCCCAGCGCUGCCCCGGAUGCGUCGGGCUGCCGGAGGACGUCGCCAUCACGGCCCGCGCGCUACGGAGGCGGUUAGCGGUGCUGGCAGUGGCGAGCGCCGGGGACUGCUGGUCGCUGGGGAAGGAGGUGGGCGCCGCCAAGCGGGCGAUCCAGUCUUGGACCGCCAAGAACGGCCUCGGAGGCCUGCCAGUGGUCGCUCUCGGCGCGUCGUCAGGUGGGUACUUCGUCUCCCGGCUUGCGGCCAAGAUGAGCCUAGCCGCCGUCGUGAUGAUGAUCUCUGAGGGCGUGUUCGACCCGGCGGGAGCGCCCCCGGGCUACCCGCCGUCCAUGUUCCUUCACAUGCCCAAGGACUAUAAGACGGCCGCACUGGUGGGAAGGAAUGUGAAGAUGCUGAGGAGCAAUGGCGUUGAGGUGAGGGAGCUUCAGAGCCUGGAGCUUCCUCUGACGCCGACGCUGCUGUCCGAUAGGAUACCAGGGCUGGAUCAUGGGUUGUCUGAAAGGAUUUGGAAGAUUUUCAGUGAGGAAGGGUUCACUGAUGAUAGAGGGUACAUGAGGAAGGAUGGCCGGGCAACUCCAUGGAAGAAUGCAGUGGUGAAGAGGGGGUUCUGGGAGGAGGUAUCCCAGUGGGCUGAGCACAUCCAGGAGGAGCUGAAUCUUGCUUAUGGAUACCAUGAGAUGACAAGCUUGCAGAAUGAUGAGAUGUUGAAUUGGAUUGAGGAGCACCUGAAAUGAGGAAACUAUGGGGUUUAGCUCUGGGAAUUCAUCUAACAUGAAUCGACACUGAACUACAGAACAUACAGGCAUAAUGUUGAGUAACAAAUUGACUUGAUGCGAAUAUGUACAUUUCCUUCAGUUGGCUCUUGUGCAAAUGAAGGGGGGAGAAGAAGCAUAAACAAAGAUAGUUUAGUAAGUUUUGCUCUGAUCUUUAAUGUAGGCCAUGCCUUUAUGUACAUGAAUUUGUGCAUGAAUGUUUUUUUUUGCGUUCUUAAGAGCCAGCAUUGCAUGAA